AGAAAAGGUGCUGACAGAAAGCUUCAGAGCAGCUCGGAUCAGCAGAUACGGCUGUAUCAGUGACUUCCUCCACCUCCCACUGGUUUCUGACUGCAUUCAAGUGACAUAAACACUAAAGAGAGGAGCAAACCAGUGCAGGAUCAGCUGAUCUCUGUCCAACACCAGUGAUGUGUGUUUCCUCUGCAGAUGAAGGUGUGUGUGUGAGCUGAUGUGGACGUUAAUUCAGCAGAAUGGACCAGUGUGAGGACAGAGAGGAGGGAGUCCCUCCCUCUAAAACCUCUCUGUGUGGGGAACAUGAGAGUCGGAGCAAAGCUCAGAGGGUCCAUCAGAAAAGAGACUCUCUUGAACAUGAACCCAGCUGUUUGUCCUUGAAGAGCGACCGGUCAAAGGACUGGUUUAUUGAAUUUAAAGGAGAGCAACGUUCUGCUGUAAAGAGAGUGGACCAGCAGAGCUCAGAGCCUCCCAGCGGUCCGUCUGUCCAGCUGCAUCAGAUACUGCUGGACUCCAUAUUUCUGCUGCUGGAGGACAACAUUGUCAUGUUUGUGAAGAACGAGCUGAAGAAGAUCCAGAGGGUUUUGAGUCCAGAUUACCCAGAAUCCCUAGAGCAUCUGUUGGAGGGUGAGGAUAAAGAGCAGAGAAGGAGCAGCAGAAUGGCGUUUGUGAAGAUCAUAGUGAACUUCCUGAGGAGAAUGAAGCAGGAGGAGCUGGCUGAGCAUCUGCAGAGCAAUGUUUCUGCUGCAGUUCCUAAAAAGCGGCUGAAGUCUAAGCUGAAGAAAAGGAGCCAGUGUGUGUUUGAGGGGCUUGGUAAAGCAGGAAACCCAACCCUUCUGAAGCAGAUCUACACAGAGCUCUACAUCACAGAGGGAGGGACUGGAGAGGUCAACGAUGAACAUGAAGUCAGACAGAUUGAAGCAGCAUCCAGGAAACCACACAGAGCAGAAACAACCAUCAGACAGGAAGACAUCUUUAAACUCCCACCUGGAAGAGAUGAACCAAUCAGAACAGUGAUGACGAAGGGAGUGGCCGGCAUCGGGAAAACAGUCCUAACACAGAAGUUCACUCUGGACUGGGCUGAAGGCAGAACCAACCAGGACAUCCAGUUCCUGCUUCCAUUCACCUUCAGAGAGCUGAAUGUGCUGAAAGAGAGAAAGUUCAGCUUGAUGGAACUUGUUCAUCACUUCUUCACUGAAACCAGAGAAAUGUGCAGCUUUGAAGAGUUCCAGGUCGUGUUCAUCUUUGACGGUCUGGAUGAGAGUCGACUUCCUCUGGACUUCCACAACAAUGAGGUCCUGACUGAUGUUACAGAGUCCACCUCAGUGGAUGUGCUGCUGACAAACCUCAUCAGGGGGAACCUGCUUCCUUCUGCUCGUCUCUGGAUCACCACACGACCCGCAGCAGCCAAUCAGAUCCCUCCUGAGUGUGUCUCCAUGGUGACAGAGGUCAGAGGGUUCACUGACCCACAGAAGGAAGACUACUUCAAGAAGAGGAUAAGAGAUAAGAAGCAGACCAACAGGAUCAUCUCCCACAUCAAGACAUCACGGAGCCUUCACAUAAUGUGCCACAUCCCAGUCUUCUGCUGGAUCACUGCUACGGUCCUGGAGAAAGUCCUGGAAACCAGAAAGGGAGGGGGGCUGCCCAAAACCCUGACUGAGAUGUACAUCCACUUCCUGGUGGUCCAGACCAAACUGAAGAAUGUCAAGUAUGAUGGAGGAGCUGAGACGGAUCCACACUGGAGUCCAGAGAGCAGGAAGAUGGUGGAGUCUCUGGGAAAACUGGCUUUUGAGCAGCUGCAGAAAGGAAACCUGAUCUUCUAUGAACCAGACCUGAGAGAGAGUGGCAUCGAUGUCAGAGAGGCUUCAGUGUACUCAGGAGUGUUCACCCAGAUCUUUAGAGAGGAGAGCAGCCUGUACCAGGACCAGGUCUUCUGCUUCAUCCAUCUGAGUGUUCAGGAGUUUCUGGCUGCUCUUCAUGUCCAUCAGACCUUCAUCAAGUCUGGAGUCAACCUGCUGGAGGAACAAAGAAACACUGAGACUGACCUCCAUCAGAGUGCUGUGGACGAGGCCUUACAGAGUCCAAACGGACACCUGGACUUGUUCCUCCGCUUCCUCCUGGGUCUUUCACUGGAGACCAAUCAGACUCUCCUACGAGGUCUGCUGGAAGCAACACAAAGAAGUUCACAGAACAAUCAGGAAACAGUUAAAUACAUCAAGAAGAGGAUCAGUGAGGAUCUGUCUGCAGAGAAAAGCAUCAACCUGUUCCACUGUCUGAAUGAACUGAACGAUGGUUCUCUGGUGGAGGAGGUCCAACGGUCCCUGAGGGUUGGACGUCUCUCCACAGAUGAACUUUCUCCUGCUCAGUGGUCGGCUCUGGUCUUCAUCUUACUGUCAUCAGAAGAAGAUCUGGAGGUGUUUGACCUGAAGAAAUACUCAGCUUCAGAGGAGGUUCUACGGAGGUUGCUGCCGGUGGUCAAAGCCGCCAAGAAAGUUGUGUUGAGUGACUGUAACCUCUCAGAGGACAUCUGUGCAGAUCUGUCCUCAGUUCUCAGCUCUCAGUCCUCCAGUCUGACAGAACUGGACUUGAGUAACAACCACCUGCAGGAUUCAGGACUGAAGAAGCUGUGUCCUGGACUGGAGAGUCCACACUGUCACCUGGAGUAUCUCAGGCUGUCAGGCUGUCUGAUCUCAGAGGAAGGCUGUGCUUCUCUGGUCUCAGCUCUGAGCUCCAACCCCUCCCAUCUGAGAGAGCUGGACCUGAGCUACAACCAUCCAGGAGAGUCAGCAGGGAAGCUUUUGUCUGCUGGACUGGAGGAUCCCCGCUGGAGACUGGACACUCUCAGGUUGAGUGGUUGUAACCUCUCAGAGGACAUCUGUGCAGAUCUGUCCUCAGUUCUCAGCUCUCAGUCCUCCAGUCUGACAGAACUGGACCUGAGUAACAACCACCUGCAGGAUUCAGGACUGAAGAAGCUGUGUCCUGGACUGGAGAGUCCACACUGUCACCUGGAGUCUCUCAGGUUGAGUGGUUGUAACCUCUCAGAGGACAUCUGUGCAGAUCUGUCCUCAGUUCUCAGCUCUCAGUCCUCCAGUCUGACAGAACUGGACCUGAGUAACAACCACCUGCAGGAUUCAGGACUGAAGAAGCUGUGUCCUGGACUGGAGAGUCCACACUGUCACCUGGAGUCUCUCAGGCUGUCAGGCUGUCUGAUCUCGGAGGAAGGCUGUGCUUCUCUGGUCUCAGCUCUGAGCUCCAACCCAUCCCAUCUGACAGAACUGGACCUGAGUAACAACCACCUGCAGGAUUCAGGACUGAAGAAGCUGUGUCCUGGACUGGAGAGUCCACACUGUCACCUGGAGUCUCUCAGGUUGUCAGGCUGUCUGAUCUCAGAGGAAGGCUGUGCGUCUCUGGUCUCAGCUCUGAGCUCCAACCCCUCCCACCUGAGAGAGCUGGACCUGAGCUACAACCAUCCAGGAGAGUCAGCACAGAAGCUUUUGUCUGCUGGACUGGAGGAUCCCGGCUGGAGACUGGACACUCUCAGGCUGUCAGGCUGUCUGAUCUCAGAGGAAGGCUGUGCUUCUCUGGUCUCAGCUCUGAGCUCCAACCCCUCCCAUCUGAGAGAGCUGGACCUGAGCUACAACCAUCCAGGAGAGUCAGCAAGGAAGCUUUUGUUUGCUGGACUGAAGGAUCCCCGCUGGAGACUGGACACUCUCAGGGUGGAGCCUGCUGGACAACGAUGGUUGACACCAGGUCUGAGGAAGUAUUCCUGUCAACUCACCAUCGACAUAAACACAGUCAACAAACGCAUCAAACUGUCUGACAACAACAAGAAGAUUAUGUUUGUAAAGGAGGAUCGGUCAUAUCCUGAUCAUCCAGACAGGUUUGAUUUCUAUCCUCAGCUGCUGUGUAGAGAAGUUCUGAUGGUUCGCUGUUACUGGGAGGUCAAGUGGAGAGGAGGAGUUUCUAUAUCAGUGAGUUACAGAAGAGUCAGAAGGAAAGGAGACUCCGAUAACUGUGUGUUUGGACAGAACGAUCAUUCCUGGAGGCUGGACUGUUAUGAUCAUGGUGGUCAGUACUAUGUCUGGCACAAUAACAGAAUAAUAUCUUCCUCCUCCUCUUACUCAGUCUCUGACAGAGUAGCAGUGUACGUGGACGUUCCUGCUGGAACUCUGUCCUUCUACAGCGUCUCCUCUGACAGACUGAUCCACCUCCACACCUUCAACACCACUUUCACUGAACCUCUCUAUCCUGGGUUCAGGUUCUGGUCUGGUACUGGUUCUUCAGUGUCUCUGUGUUGAGUUCAGUCUCAAGAGUCUCCUCCUGUCAGAGAAACUGUCUCUGCUGGACAGAUAGUUGAGUCUGUACAUGUCAUCCAUCCAUCCAUCCAUCCAUCCAUCCAUCCAUCCAUCCAUCCAUCUUCUGAUCCAGAUCCAGGUUGUGGGGUAGCAGCCUCAUCAGAUUGGUCCAGACCUCCCUCUCCUUGGUCCCAGACCAACAGAUAAAAACUCUCAGUGAGUACUGGUUCUACCGCAGGGCCUCGACCCGGUUGGAUAUGCCUAAAACACCUCUCGAGGGAGGUGUCCAUGGGACAUCCUCCGCAGUUGUCCAAACCAUCUCUGUUCCUCUAGAGGUGGAUGACCAGUACAUCUACUCUGAGUGUCCCCUCGAUGAUUGAACUUCUCUUGUUUCAUCUAAUUUCUUGACGGAGCAAAUCUCACCCCAGAACUCCCAAAAUACAAGCAGCAUAUAAAAUCUGUCAUCAGAGGGACAACCCCUCUGGGCCACUGCUGCACAGUCAUGAAGGACGUUUCUUGCUCUGUCCCUCAUGCAGCUUCAGGACUCCGAGUUAUUUC